UUUAUAUUAAAUAAAUAUUUCGGUUUUGGUUAGGGUGCGAAGUUUACUCAAACAACACAACUCUUUUUCAUUAACAAGUAUCCUUCUGGAUUCGGGGAAUCUACCGAGAUGAUAUUGGUCGUACUCGUAUGCACAUUUGCAUAGUUUUCUGCUAAGUGCUCAAGUGACUUCCACUUUUAUUACCGUGCGAAAAAUAACAUUAUCCUAAGCGAAACGACGCAGAGGUUUCCAUGUAAGGUUAAUUUGGUAGUUUUAAACAUCAAAUGCACUAUAAACCAAAAAGUAAAAUAAAAGGGUAAACUUUGAUUUUGAGGGAAAAGGGAAGUGUCAAAUUGUUCAACCUUCAUUUUCAGUAGCCAAGUGUAAAAAAAUUUUAAAGACCCGUAUCAUGGUUAAAUUAUUAUAUAUGAAAAGCAUGUUAUUUCCCUAUGUCGUGUAGAAAUUGUAGGCUGUGCCUGCAGUAUUGUAUCUCGGUCAAAUACCUAUGCAUCAGAUGACUUGUAAGUAUGGGUUUCAAGCAUCUGUUGGUUGUUAUGUUGGUUUGGGCUUGGUUUGGAUCCUUGGCUUUUGCUACUUCUGCUGACGGGUUGAUGAGGGUUGGUCUAAAAAGGAGGAAUUUAGACCUUCAGAGGCUUAAAGCUGCAAGAAUCAAAGAGGCUGUUCAUGACAGAGAUUUAAGGAGUGUUAAUAAAAGUUGUUGUGUUGAAGAGGUAGUAUAUCUUAAGAAUUAUCUUGAUGCACAAUAUUUUGGGGAGAUUAGUAUUGGUUCACCCCCACAAUACUUCAAUGUUGUGUUUGACACUGGCAGCUCAAAUCUUUGGGUCCCAUCUUCCAAAUGCAUUUUCUCUAUCGCUUGCUAUUUUCAUGCCAAAUAUAGGUCGAAGAUAUCUAGCACCUAUUCCGAAAUUGGAAUACCUUGUAAAAUCCCUUAUGGCCAAGGAUCCAUUUAUGGAUUCUUUAGUAAAGAUAAUGUACAAGUUGGGGAUAUCAUCAUCAAAGAUCAAGAAUUUGCUGAGAUUACAAGAGAAGGAUCUUUGGCACUUUCAGCUCUUCCAUUUGAUGGGAUACUUGGACUUGGAUUCCAGGAAAUUUCAAUCGGAAAAGUCACACCAGUGUGGUAUAAUAUGAUAGAACAAGGACACAUAUUCCACAAAAUUUUUUCUCUUUGGCUAAAUCAAGAUCCGAUGGAAGAAAUAGGGGGUGAGAUUGUCUUUGGUGGUAUUGACUACAGGCAUUUUAAAGGUGAUCACACAUAUGCUCCACUUUCCCAAAAGGGUUAUUGGCAGAUUGAUGUGGGAGAUAUUCUACUAGCAAAUAAUUCAACAGGGUUAUGUGGGGGUGGCUGUGCAGCAAUUGUUGACUCAGGGACAUCUUCAAUUGCUGGUCCAACUGGUGUUGUAACUCAAAUUAACCAUGCCAUUGGAGCAGAAGGAUAUGUUAGUUUCGAGUGUAAAAACAUUGUCCAUAAUUAUGCGGAUUCGAUAUGGGAAUCCUUGAUUAAUGGGUUAAAUCCUGACAUUAUAUGUGUUGACAUUGGACUCUGUUCACAUAACGGAUUCUAUGCAACAGAUGAUGUUAUUGAAACAGUGGUGCAUAAUCAAAGUCGGGAUGGGUCAACAACCAGGGAGAGCCCCUUUUGUACUUUUUGCAAUAUGAUUGUCCUUUGGAUCCAAGUUCAGCUUAAGGAAAGCAAUGUAAAGGAUAAAGCAUUAAAAUAUGUGGAUGAGCUGUGUGAGAAGCUCCCAAAUCCCAAUGGACAAUCAUUUGUAAACUGCAAAACUAUUGCAUCUAUGCCAUACAUUACAUUCACGAUUGGAAACAGAUCCUUUCCACUCUCUCCAGAACAGUACAUCCUUAGAGUUGAAGAUGGCUGUUCUACUGUCUGCUAUGGUGGUUUUGUUGCUAUAGAUGUGCCUCCUCCACAGGGUCCCCUCUGGGUUCUCGGAAAUAUUUUCUUGGGGGCAUAUCACACAGUGUUUGACUAUGGCAAUCUCCGUAUAGGAUUUGCAGAAGCUGCAUAGUCAUAGUUUGGUGUUAUUGCUAUGCCAAAUUCUCUGUGAAUAAAAAAAUUGGAGUUUACGUGAUUUACAGCAGCAAAAAAUAAUAGCAGCCCCUCAGAAUUUAUCUCUUGUAAAUGGUGAAUGGUAUAUUUUAUGAAUAAGAAUUGUGAUAUCUCUGUUCACAAGGAUCACAGUGGGAGAAAGGCAGAGAAACGGAUAUAAAGGAGCAUGAUUUUCAAAGGAGAAGUGUUUGGUUAAAACUGCUUUUGUUUUACACUACUUUACAGCCCUUUAUAAAGUGUAAAAACACUUGAUAGAAGAUGGAGCAAAGAGAAGAGAAAAGCUAUGUUACUGGGUAUAGAAUAGAGUGUAAUAAAAACUGAUAUGAAAAUCGAAAUUUCUUCCAAAAAAAAAUAAAUAAAAUUGUUGGUCUCGUGUUAGUCAAGGCUUUACAAAUCAGAGAAAGUUGGUUGCCUCUCAUCACUUUUGGUAUAAAUUAUGAUUAUAUGAU